AAUUACGGUGUGGUUUGAGUCUGCCACACGGCCCACACGAGAAGCGAACAUUAUAGUCGCACGUCGUCUCUCUCUCUGCCUAACGUGUUGUCAUCGCUAAUACUAUAAGCUGGUCGCUAAGCCCUAGGGCAUGGCUAUGGCUCUUCCUCUCGGGAAACUAACCGUCCUCAUCGGUGCAGGACUUGUUGGGUCUGUGCUUGCUAAAGACGGGAGCUUACCAGUUGUCUCGAGUCUGGUCUCUGGUGCUUUUAAGAUUCUAUCUAAGCAACUGAAACAAGAAGAGCCUAUCAAGUCCCGUAAUGAUACGGCACUUGUAGCUCAGGUUAACAGUCUUCGGCAUGAACUGCAGCUGCUGGCAUCAAACAGGCCUAUCACUAUUGUUACGACACAAGGAUCAGGUAGAAAGUAUGGUGUCAUCAUUAUCAUUGGAGUAAUAGGCUACGGAUAUGUGUGGUGGAAGGGAUGGAAGCUUCCAGAUUUUAUGUUUGCGACAAGGCGCAGCUUAUCAGAUGCUUGUGAUAAUGUUGGCAACCAGAUCGAUGGUUUUUACUCAUCACUCUCGGAUACAAAACGGGAGCUAGGUUCAGAAGUUGACAGGAUGGAUUGUACUUUGGAUGCAAGUUCAGUAAUCAUUAAAGAGACAGGAAGACAAGUGACUGAGUUACGGGAUGGUACAGCAAAUAUGAAGGAUGAAGUUAGGUCUGUUUUCCAGGCUGUUGAAACUCUGGCCAGCAAAGUCCAUCGCAUUGAGGGAAACCAGGAUCUCACGCUUAAAGGAGUUGGAGCUCUACAUGCUCAGUGUCUCGAGCACAAAAGAAUCCAAGAUUCCAAUAAGGCUUUGCCCUCAACAUCAUCAUUGCCAGCUAUUGAGGCAGCUCCUCUGACACAUUCAUCGUCCAGCGAGACUCUAUCUUUGCCUCCUCCUCCUGCUUCACCCCGUGAAUCCCAAUCAUCACCUUCAACCCCUAAUGGAGGAGCUCAACAGUCACAUGGUCCGCUUCACCACACUCAAUCUAUCUCUGGUUUGAAGGACAUAAGUGAAAGCUCUAGCGGUCUGGAGACUCUUUCAAAUGGAACGUAUUCAGGGAAAGCCACAGGGAGUUGGAUAUCGGGCUUGAGUUCGGGACUGGUUGGUAGGUUCUCAACGCCAAGAAUAGUGAGGACUAUUAGUGCGGUCAACACAGUGCCUAGUAACUAAAGAGAAGAGUUCGUUCAUUCCCAAUACCAGGCUUAACAGAGAAGUUGACAAGUGUAUAUAGUAGAUGAUUCUUUUUUUAGAUUUUGCUGUUGUUGCAAGUGCAUCAAGACAAUGCUAUAGAGCUUCUAAUUAAAACUUCAUAACUUUUGUAGGGAUAGAGCUUAUUAUUCAAAUUGCGUAGUUGCUUU